CCGAAACAAAAACACCAGCACAAUGCGCGCACGACUCCCCCUCCGCGCCCUCACGCCAAAAACGCAUUUCUCCCACUUCCCUCCACCGCACGCUCUCCACCCCGCGCAACCCAUCCCGUACGCCCUCCCACCCCAGCGACCAUGCACACGCACCCUGCACUCCACCCCACGACGCAGCGAAAUCGAGCUCGCAUACCGUCUGCACGACAACAACGGGCAGGCGAAAGGCGCGCCCAUCGUCAUGAUCCAUGGGUUAUUCGGGAGUAAGCGGAAUAAUCAGAGUGUGAGCAAUGUGCUAGCACGCACCCUCUCCCGCCCCGUCUACGCCCUCGACACGCGCAACCACGGCACCUCCCCCCACCACGCAACCCACACCUACGCCGCACUCGCCUCGGACCUAUCCUCCUUCCUCAGCACCCACAACCUGCGCGAAACCUGCCUAAUAGGCCACUCCAUGGGCGCGAAAACAAUAAUGACACUCGCGCUCCGCGACCCCUCGCGCAUAAGUAGUAUAAUCCCCGUAGACAAUGCGCCCGUCGACGCCGCGCUGCCGAGCGACUUUCCGAUCUAUACUAAGGGCAUGCUAGCCGUUGACGUGGCGCGCCCGGGGAGCCAGAAAGCCGCUGACGCCGUCCUGGCGCCCUACGUGCCGGAUGUAAGUGUGCGGCAAUUCCUGCUAACCAAUCUCCACCGCCCGGUCGAGGGGGGGCCGCUGUGCUUCCGCAUCCCGGUCAAGAUACUCGCGGGCGCGCUGGGGAAUAUGGCGGAUUUUCCGUACGGGGAUCCGGAAACGAGGCGGUUCGAGGGUAGGGCGCUGUUUAUUAGGGGCACGAAGAGUCGGUAUGUGAGUGAUGAGGUUGUGCCGAUUAUUGGGCGGUUUUUCCCGAGGUUCAGGAUGGUGGAUGUUGAGUGUGGGCAUUGGGUUGUUAGUGAGCGGCCGGAGGCGUUUUUGGAAGCUGUUGUGGAGUUUUUGAGGGAGGAGGAGUAGGUUUGGAUGGAUAGAUGAUUGGGUAGAAAGGGGGGCUCGGAUAGAAAUACCAAAACAAGACAUGG